UGAAGUCCUUGUAAACGCAAAAGAAAUGUCAUCUUAGAGUGCAAAUAAGAGAAGAAUACAAGCUAUAUCCACUCAGAACAAAAUACAACCAUUCACUAUGGGAACGACAAAGAAUACACAGAAAACUGCCAAAGCCGAGCUGGAUCAGAAACUGAAACUGGCACGACCAACUCGUCAGAUUCUGGAAGACCUCGCUAUCGCUUGCGCCAAGUCUCCGUCCGAGGAUAAUACAUUUCAAUACGCCUUUUGCUUGUCGAAAUCUUCUGAGCGAUCGGAACUUCGAUACGCAAUUCAGAUUCUGGACGGAUUGGUAAAAGAGGGUUAUGAACAUCAAGUGGAUUGCAUGUACGGGUCUGCAUGUGCGCUUUAUCUAUUGGGUGAAUACGACAAAGCAAGGGUAAGUCUUUCUGGUUCGUUUUGUUUGAUAUUGGUGGGUGUUGUUAAGAAUUUUGCAAAACGACUGAAUUACAGACAAAAAGAAUUCAAAUUGCGGCCUACUCAUUUGAUGCUUCCCAUUUUUGUAUUUUUUCCCUUGAAAAUAUUCCGUCUUUAGUUUCGAGCGGAAAACAUCCUUAGGUCACAUCCCGAGUCUCGACUCGCCCGGGAAAUUCAUCUUUCUAGUAUUGAAGCGAUCGAGCAAGAAGAUAAGAAGAAAAUUAAAGAAGCGGCUAUCGGUGGCGUGACAGUUGCUGCCGCUGUAGGUGUUGCAGCGGGAAUUGCCAGUCUUUUAUUGACCAAGAGGUAGAUCAGACUAUUUGUAUUCACCAGAAUACUGCUCGUUUCUUAGAGAAUCAACGUUCAAAUAGAUAUGGGGUUAUGCUGGUGUGAUAUGUAGAUUUGAUCGCAUUCCGUACAAAAUUUAAACCAAAUUGGUUACCAAAGGCAAGGCUAACAAUUCAGAAACUGAUACAGUACGGUUUAUCAUUCUGGCAGAGGCUAACACGGAUGCUGCUCAAUGUUAUAAUAUUAUAUAUUCUGUUCAUUUAUUCGCUAACUUUGUUGUAAACAACAGUGACUAUUGUUUCACAAUCUUGAUGACAACGGUCACGAUGGCUAAAUAAAGAAGUUUUUCGAUU